UAAUGAUUUAAUACAAAAACGAUUAAUUUAACAAAUACUUUGAAGUUUGAAUAUAAGACUUUGGAUUUGACUCGUUCAGAGAAAACCCAUUCUCUUCUUCCCUUUUGCAUUUUGUACACACACCGUUCACUUUCCAUAUAUACCUUUCGGUUCAGACACAAGCAAGAAGAACAAGAGAAAAAAAAACAAUGGCAAACAUAAGUGGAUAUGCCCUGAUCCAGUUCGUUUCCUUUCUGUCAAUCUGCUUAUUAUCCAAAUAUGUUCCUGUCGAAGCUCAACACCGAUGUUUCCAAGUCGAACGAGACGCCCUUUUGGAGUUCAAGAAAGGCCUUCAAGAUCCUUCGGACAAGCUCUCUUCUUGGACAGGCAGUGAGUGCUGCAACUGGGCUGGUGUUGUCUGCAACAAUGGGAGCGGUCGGGUUAUAAGGCUCGACCUCGGUGGUUUUCCACGGUAUUGCGACUCCUCUGCAACCGAUAACAGAUGCCUCGGCGGCGUUAUAAGCGUUUCUCUUCGCGGGCUCGAGUUUUUGAGCCACUUGGAUCUCAAGAACAACAACUUUUCCGGACUGAGGAUCCCGGAUUUCAUUGGGUCCUUGAGGAGAUUACGGUAUCUUGAUCUUUCCAACGCCUCGUUUUCGGGAUUGAUUCCCUCUCGUCUCGGGGAUUUGUCGGAUCUGCGGUAUCUGAAUCUCAGUCAAUCUCCUUCUGAUGAGAAUCUUUGGGUUGAGGACUUGAGCUGGCUCUCUGGACUCUCUUCCUUGAACUCCUUGGAUUUGUCAAAUGUGAACCUGAGUAAGGCCAGUGGCGACUGGCUGAACGUCAUUAACUCGCUUCCUUCGCUUACGGAGCUGCGUUUCUCGAACUGCGAUAUCAGAGAAAUCCCUCAGUCGCUUGGGUUUGUGAACGUUACAUCCCUUCGUGUCCUCGACCUGUCAAAAAACCAAUUCAACACCUCGAUUCCCAAGUGGCUGAAUCACAUCACUUCCCUGGAGCAUCUUCGUGUCGAAAGUUGUGGGCUCGAAGGCCAAGUUUCGGAGAUCGUCGCAAAGGAAUCUUGCAACUUGCGGAUUCUGGAAGCUGCGUUCAACGAAAUGGAGGAAUCAACGGGACUUUACCUGAUACCCUGA